GCGAAGUAUUGCCAAUAAUAAAUGUGUGCGAGUAUAUCGCUUCGGCAAAAGUAUAAAAGACAAAGUCCGCAGGGCAAAUCAUGCACUUCCCCAGUUGCAAGCAAACAAGAAGAAUCAUGUUCUCCGCUCAGAUCAUUGCCGCUUUGUGCGCCUUCGUUGCCGCCGCCUCCGUCGCUGAGGCUGGAUAUCUUGGCCAUGCCGUGGAUUAUCACCAUGUCCCCAACUACUCUUUCGAGUACGGAGUUGCUGACCCCCACACCGGCGACAAGAAGAGCCAAUCUGAAACCCGUCACGGCGAUGUUGUCAAGGGACACUACAGCCUGGUGGAGCCCGAUGGCACCACCCGCACCGUCCACUACACCGCUGACCCUCACAACGGAUUCAACGCCCAGGUGACUAAGUCCGGACACGCCGUCCACGCCGCCCCCGUCCACCAUGGAGCUUACCACGGCGCCGCCUCCUAUGCCGCCCCCGCCUACUACGGCGCUGCUUCUUACGCCGCCCCCGCUUACUACGGACACGCUGCCCCUCUGGUGUCCCACGCCUAUGGCUCUCCCCUGACCUUCGCCUCUUCCCUGGGCUACGGACAGGGAUACGCCAAGAUCAGCCGCGCUCACUAAUGCAGCUUUGCUAGGAAAACGACGCCGCGACGACUGUGAUCUCUGUUUAGAGCUUCUGUUACCUCUAUGUUGCUUUUUAUUUGUAUAAACUUUGAAAAUAAAAGCGA